CACUACCACUCGAAAACACUCACAUUUACACAACCCCUCAUCACCAAAACAUCUAAUCCACAAUGGCGUCUCUUCACUACCUCCCUCCCGUCAAGCCCUCUGCCAUUGCUCUCGGCACGGCCUUCAACCACGCCGUCUCGCUGGCCGUUCUCGGUCCCGUCUUCGGUGAUGCCUACCGCCGCGCGCAGCAGGCCAACUCCAAGGAGGAGUACUUCCACAGCAAGGAGGCCGCAACCGCUGCUGCCACAUGGGGUAGCUCCAUUGUCGGCUCUGCCGUCCAGACAUACGGUGUUGGUGCUUUGAUCAACGCCACCGGUACCCUUACCUACAAGGGCGCUGCUUACCUCGGCUCUUUGAUCUUCAUGGCUUCCGCUGCUCCCUCCAUCGUCUCCCAGGUCCUCACCGAGAAGCGCCCUCUUGACACCAUCGCUGUCGGUGCCGUUGCCCGUGUGCUCGAGACCGUUGGCCUUAGCUUGUUCCUUACCUACUGGGGAACCCGCACCAACCCCUUCAACUAAGCGUCUCAUUGUCAUGAGCGUUUGAAGGCGUUUGGGGAUUCUCAUCUUGGCGGCUUAGGUUGAUUGCCUCAGUCCAUGGCAACGAUGCAGAUGACAAACAAAGAAGAAGGGCCGGUGAAAGGCUACCUUCGAUUAUGAUAUGUAACACUACCUCGAAAUAAAAGGUUUAAUU